CCCUGUUCCCCCCAUGUUUUGGAGGUGAUAAGCGUCCUCCAUGAAAUUUACCUGACAAUGAGCAUGACAGCAUGUUGAUUAGUUUCGUCACUUCAACUUUGGCAGACAAAGAGCACUAUGCGCAUCAAUUUAAUCUUCCUUACACUUGUACUGUUCGCCCUGACUGAUGCCCGGCGCAUUAAGGAGAGGGUCAACGACAUAAUCGGUGAACACAGAAAAAUCGGAGCUUACAACACCAUGACUUCACCGAAAGUCCGCUGGCCUUCUAAAACUCUAAUUUACAAAUUCGAUGAAGGAAACACGCACACUGCGGACGAACGAAAGUACUAUCUAAUUGCGAUGGAAAUCAUUGCGAACGCUACUUGCAUCAAGUUCAAAGAGCAAACUACAGAGACUGGUUACGUAAACCUGGUAAACAGCAACCCUAAGGGGUGCUACUCAGUCGCUGGCUACCAAGGUACCAAGCAGGCUCUCAACAUCGGCUGGUGUUUGAAAAGGACCUACUCGGUAGUGCACGAGUUCAUGCACGCUCUCGGCUUCCACCAUGAACAAACCAGGUAUGACAGAGAUCUAUACGUGGACGUGCAAUGGAACAACAUCAAAGAGUCAGUGCAAUCCAACUAUUGGAAAUACCCGCGAACCUACGCCUUCCCCAAAUGGAGCUAUGACUUGGAAAGCGUCCUCCAGUACCCAAUCGAGGACACUCCACCAUCGAUGCUCCUCAGGUCUUCGGAGGAUGAAUCAAAGGAUAUCGGUCAGCGACAACGCCUCAGGCCGUCAGACAUUCUGCGCAUGAGGGCCGCUUACAGUUGCGAUUCUGCCGGUUCUGAGACCCGAUCAAUGGAUCUCACCGAAGAGCAACUUCGAGUUGCUCAGUAUAUUGCUUACUAAAUUUCAAAUUUUCUCAAAAUAAUCACAACAAUUAAUUAACAACAUGUAAACCAAAUAAAAUUAUUUUGAGCUGAGAAUUCUCGUUUAAAAUUAUAUCUCUGAAAAAUGUAAUUCAACCUCCUCAUCAUCCUCCAUUAUUCUUUCUCCUCUCUCUAAAUUUUCUCUUGGGCUAUAUGAUAAUUAAAAAUCUAUUUGGAUUACAAUAAGAUAGUGAUGCAGAUGCUCAACUCCAUUUCACAUUUACACACUUGAAUAGGCACCAGCAACAAUUAAACUAUCAUUUUGUAUACGAUUUCCCCAUUUUCAUAAAUAAAUUCAUGUUUUUUUCCCAGACGAACGAUGUUUUUUUAUGAAGACUUUUUUGGUUUUAAGCAAGAGCCAAAACAUUAAAAGUUAUUGUGAUCAAUUAAAAUAGAACCGCACGCUUUUGCAAUGUAAAAAUGUUUAAAAUAUUUAUGGUAUGGGCUCACUUCGGCUUUGUCCGCAAUGGCAGGGUCUUAGUAACU